AUGCCUACUAACUUUGACAAACAAACAUAUUGGCACCACCGUUUCUCCACCGAAACCUCCUUUGAAUGGCUUCUCAGCUCCACCGACUUCAUCUGCAUCCUAAAACCUCUUCUUGGCAAUCUUGAGCCUUUAUCAACUCGUAUCCUACAUCUCGGCUCCGGGACCAGCGACUUACACAAUCACUUUCGCCAACUAGGCUUUCUAGACGUCACAAAUGUCGAUUACGAGCCUCUAGCAGUGGAACGUGGACGACGGCUUGAGGAACAAGCCUUUGGCGAUGUAAAGAUGAAGUACGCAGUAGCAAACGCUACAAAAUCUCUAUUAGUAUCAAGCAACAGCAAUGACCAAGGAACAUACAACAACGACAAAUUCGAUCUUGUCGUAGAUAAGAGCACUGCAGAUGCCAUCUCAUGCGGCGGAGACGAACAAGUCCGUCUCAUGGCUCAAUGUGUUGGGGAAUGUCUUGCAAACGGCGCCAUUUGGGUUUCAAUGAGUUACUCUGCGUCGCGAUUUGACAUUGGCGGGCUUCCUUUUGAUGUCGAGGUUUUGGCAAGGAUUUCGACGCCGAAAAAUGCAGUGACGGAUCCGGACAUCUUUCACUGGUGCUAUCUGCUGCGACCGAAAUAG